AUGGCACCAACUAAAAUAUUAAAAAAUAAUGAUACAUUGGAUAAUAAUACAACCAAUACUUUAUUAUUUGAAGAUGACGAUUUAAUAAAACAAAAUAAUAAUAAUAUUAAUAAUAAUAAUAAUAAUAAUAGCGGUACAGCAGUUGGAGGAAUCCACAAUAUUGUAAAGAAAAUUUCAUCGGCAACAACUGUAUCAUCAUCGUCAUCACCAACAACGACAUCAUCGACAAAGAAACGUGGCGGCAAUGCCAAUGGAAAGAAACAGACAAACAACACCAACAACAACAAAGAUACAACAAAGAUGAUGGCAACUGAAUUCCCACCAACAACACGUAGAAUGGCUACAUCACCACCAGAGUCUCCUCCCAGUUUGGUAUUAAAUACCAAGAAGAAGAAGAAAUCAUCUUCUCCCUCUUCUUCCUCCUCUUCCUCACCAAAAGAAUCAUCUCCAACAGGGUCACCAUUAUUUAAAGAUGAUGAUGAAUCUUCAUCUUCAUCCUCAUCAUCAUCGGUUGUAGAGGAGGAGAAGAAAUUGGGAAAAGAGGAAUGGAAACCAUACAUUGAAAUACCAACUUCAAAACUUUACAAACGACCAUUUACAGUAUCAAAAUCAUAUCUUGAUAUGCCAGAUCGUCCAGGUGAAUCACCUUCAAUUCAUAAACUAUUACAUAAAAAUAGAAUUGUCAUUUUGACAUUAUUUUUAGCAUAUAUUAUAUUGGAUAAACCAUAUCAAUUUGUAAAGGAUAUUGAUGUAUUUUGGGAGAUAUUCCUCAAUCCUAUUAGUUUACUACCAAGUGUAGUAUUUAUGCAUUUCUUUUCAUUUGUUUUACCAUUAAUUCAUUUUGUUUCCGAUCGAGAAAAGAUUAAACUAACCAAGAGAGGAAAAGGUACCGGUGGUAGUAGAACACUAUUUUGGAAUAGACCAAAAAUUGUUACAAGUUAUUUAUUGGUUCAAGCUCUCACAUUGUUUGUUUCAUUCCAAUAUGUAUUCUUUAAAUUGAAUGCUCCCAUUGGUACAGCUCUCUUUUUGGUCUUGGAAUGUAUUGUCAUUGUUUGGAAAUCACAUUCUUAUUUUAUUUGUACAAAUUAUCAACUUUUACAUAACCAUUUAGAUAAUUCUAAUAUUCAAUCAAAUACUUUAUUAUGGUACUUUAAAAACUUUUAUCAUUUCUUAUUAUCACCAACUUUGAUUUAUGAUCAAUUUUCAGAAUUGUUAAAUAUCAAUGAUAAACUUCGUAAAUCUGUUCCAGAUAGAAUCAAAUCAAUUCUUUUAGAGUUGUAUACAUCAUUUGCAUUACUUGGUUUAAUUCAUUACCUUCAUAUGGAAUGUAUCUUUCCUUAUAUGUAUGAACCAGCCUCUAUUACAUCAUUCCUCAAAAUGAUGAUUCCUGCUGAAUUUAAUUUCCAAAUCCAAUAUUAUUUAUUAUAUCAUUGUGUAUUUUCAUUAUUAGCAGAUUUAAGUGGAUUUGAAGAUAGAUUAUCAUUUUAUGAUGAUUAUUGGAAUGCUUGUACCACCAAAGAUAUAUUACAAAAAUGGUCAAAACCAGUGCACGCAUGGCUCUUUAGACACGUGCACAAUGAUCUACGAAGCUUGUUUGGCGUUAGUCGUAUGACUGGACUCUUUUUCACGGUUCUCUUUUCCGGUCUGUGUCACGAGUUUGUGGUCUACAUUACCUCCAAGAAUAUGUGUAUUCCCUGGUCAACCAUGAAUCUAUUUGGAUGUGCCGUAUUGAUAUCCUUUGAAAUCACCAUCAAGGGUUUGUCAGAAAGCAAGAUCUAUCGUGCACUACUUCGUGUCUUACUAGUAGUUGGUCAUGCCGCUUUCUAUUAUGCAAUCUAUCAUUUAUGUUUUUCAACUCAAUCUUUUACUUUUUAA